AUGGACGUGUCUGGAAUGUGGGCCGUCGACAGUGGUGCAACGCACCACAUUUGCCACGACAAGACCAAGUUCGCAAGUUUGGCAGAGCGCAAUGAGGGCGAACUCUUGGUGGCUGAUGGCAACAAGGUGGCCAUCAAGGGUGUGGGAACCAUAAUGGAAAAGGUGGUUCUGCCCAACGGUGAAGAGCGUGAGAUCGAAAUCAAGAACGCGCUAUAUGUUCCAAGUAUGAGCAAGAACCUGCUCUCGGUGCCACAGAUUAACAGCCAUGGCAAGUUUCAAGUCGUGUUUGACGGGUCCAAGAUGUAUGUGACUCUCAAGAACUCACAGCAAGUGGUGGCGACAGCGGAUCUCGUGGAUGGACUCUACUGGCUUCGGACGACUCAACGAUCAGCGAAUGUGACAACAAGUGGAACCAGUUGUGCCGAUCUACAUGCGAGAAUGGGUCAUGCUCCAGUCGAUGUACUUCGCAAGAUGAUCGCGACCAACAUGAUCAAGGAUGUGCGAGUCCCUCUCAAGUCGGGUGGAGCAACUACAUGUCGAGGAUGUCAACAAGGGAAAAUGGUCCAAAAACCAUUUCCAAGCAACCGAGACAAGCGCAGCUACGAUACGUUUGAGCUACUUCAUCUGGACAUCUGCGGGCCCAUGGAAAAGGAUUCGCUCGGUGGCAGCAAAUAUUUGCUGCUGAUCAUCGACGAAGCCAGUGGAUGCAUGAAGGGCUUUUGUCUACGAGUGAAGUCCGAGAGUGAAGACUACAUCCGGAAAUAUAUCACCAUGGUACAGACGCAAUUCUGUAAGAAGGUCAAGUUCGUGCGACACGACGGAGCUCGCGAGUUUGCAACCAACUCGCUUCAACUGUUCUACGAAGACGAAGGCAUUGAACAGCAGACAACGGUGCCGUAUGCACAUCAAACAAACGGAACAGCAGAGCGUGCCAUUAGGACUAUUGUCACGAUCGGCCGCAGCAUGCUUCAUCAUGCCAAACUGGACAAGUGUUUCUGGGCCGAAGCAGCGAUGACGGCCAUCUACGUCAAGAAUCGACUGCCGUCACCUAAAGUCGUGCACAAGACCCCACAUACAUACUGA